AACUCAGGGUGACAAAACGUGAAGGACACAGUACCGGUUCUCCAUGAAAACUGUACCUGGGAUCUCGUCUCUCUCUUUCCGUAAUCCGCGCUUUCUUAGUGUCCUAGGAGGUGGAAGUGGCUCUGUUCUCCACCAGCGGACAAAGACCAGAAAUGAUCCCACCCAGGAAGAACUGAAAAAUGCCCCCAGCCAACAGGAGGGCAUCAAGGACCAAGGUGGCAUUUCCUCAAUGGUAGACCGAUCCCUGGUGCGAAGAGACAUUCGCGCUUUUCUGAGAGAAUGCGGUGGCACACCUAGCGAAGCCCGUCAUUGGCUAGCACAGUUCCAGGAGAUGCACUCAACGUAUCAGAAGGUCUUUGCGGUUGUGGAGGUGGAUGAGAAUGUUUUCAGCUGCAAGAGAACCCUGAACAGUGUGGCCUUUGCACUUGCCUUCCUGCAGCGAAUGGACAUGAAGCCACUGGUAGUGAUGGGUCUGCCCAGCACAUACUGUUCCCGUCCUUCAGCCCAUGAUGCAAAGUCCCUUUUGGUGCACAACUGCCAAACUCUAGUGGAUGCUGUUCAUGCCAACUCGGGUACAGCUUUACCCUUCUUCAAUGGAGGAUCUGUGCUGGCAGCUCGUGAACAGGAUGACUGUAGUUAUGGAUCAGUUUUAUCGGUGGACACUGAGCUUCUUACUUGGUGCCUCAACUCUGCUAACAUUCCCAUCAUAUGUCCCAUCGGUGAGACACCAUCUGGACGGUCAGUACUACUGGACUCUAUAGACGUGACCAGCAGUAUCUCCCGGGCACUGAACCCUCUUAAAAUCAUCUUCCUCAAUACAGCUGGAGGACUGAAGGACCUGAGUGAGAAUGUAGUGGGACACGUCAAUCUCCCAGCAGACCUGGAACUGAUGAGGAAUGCGGUGUGGAUGAGUGAGAGGCAGCGCCAACAAGUGACUGUCAUUGUGGACCUCCUGAACCGCCUGCCCCCUUCUUGCUCUGCUGUGAUCACCUCUGCCCGCACCCUCCUGAGCGAGCUCUUCAGCAAUAAAGGGUCUGGCACACUCUUCAAAAAUGCAGAGCGAAUGAUGAGUUUUGAAUCCCUUGAAGAUAUCGAUACCGAGCGCCUGAUCUCCCUGCUGAACAGAUCCUUCCAGAAGAAGCUGAGGGAUAAUUAUAUCAGUACUGUGGCCAAGAAACUGCACUCUGUCUACUUGUCUGAAGAGUACAAUGCAGCUGCCAUAAUUACCACCGAGCCAGUGCUGGGAGGGACUCCUUACCUGGACAAGUUUGUGGUCAGCUCUGGCCGGCAGGGCCAAGGUUCUGGGCAGAUGCUAUGGGAGUGCAUCAGACAAGACCUGCAGACCCUCUUCUGGAGAUCACGAGCUACCAAUCCCAUCAACUCCUGGUACUUCAAGAACAGUGAUGGAAGCUUCUCCAACAAGCAGUGGAUAUUCUUCUGGCUGGGCCUCGCUGAUAUCAGGGAUUCAUAUGAACUGGUGAACCAUGCAAAGAGUCUGCCCGACUCCUUCUGUAAAAGCUCCGUCUCCUGACUUCCUUCUCCCCCUGCUGGACAAUAUUCUAU